AUGGCAUGGAACGUGAAGUUUCGCGCCCUCUGGUCUGUGCAGACGAUAACUCUGCUUUUUCUGACCUUGAGUGUGCCGGCUACUGUUCACUCUGCUUCUUUCUAUGGAUCCAGUUACUUAAAGGUUCCCUUGCAGGAUGCUCAAAGCACCACCUACAUCUUUUUCAAGUUUCGCACCUACAGGCCCAACGCCUUCCUUUUCCUGGCUGCCGGAUCGAGUGAUUACUGUCUGAUCGUGUUGGAAAACGGCGAAAUACAGGUUCGCAUCAACCUCGGAGCCGGUGAGGCCACCCUAUCCUCUACGCCCGGGCUCAGCCUGAACGAUCUGCUCUGGCACCAGCUCGAACUGCACAGAACGGACGCCGAACUCACCCUGAUUCUGGACAGCCUGCACACGACCUACCUUGACAUCCCAGGCCGCUUCUUCGAACUGAACGUCAAGUAUGGGGUGUUCGUCGGUGGAGUGGGAGGGUUCAGCGAACUCUUCCUCGGCAACAUCCCCAACCUCCGCGGCUGCGUGGACGACGUCAUCUUCAACAGCCACGAUGUCCUCAAGCUGGCCGCCGCAUCGGUGUCCACGGAGGACCAUAAUGUCUUCGCGGUGACGUGGAAUUGCAGCGACGAGUUUGAAGCCCUGUCACAUCAGCCCAUUAGUUUCAUGGAAAAAGGCUCUUUCCUUGCCCUUCCUUUAUCUAUCGCUAGAAAUGGAGGAUCUGUGUCACUUGAUGUCAAGACUCAAACACAAACCGCCGUCCUCUUUUACAAUGCUGGAGUGCCUUUAAAAUCAGAUUUCAUCUCCCUAGAGAUACUGGACGGGAAGCCAGUGAUGUCGGUGAACGAGGGAAACGGGGUCGUGGUGUUGCAAUCAGACGUUCUGGUCAGUGACGGAAACUGGCACCACAUAGAAGCACAGUUCAGUCAGUCUUACAUCGAAAUGGUGGUGGAUGGCCAGAUGAAGAAUCUCAGGCCAGGACUUGGGGACAAUCGCUUUUUUGAUCUCGCUGGUUUCUUCUACGUCGGUGGCAUUGAGCUCAGCAAGCAAUCUCGUGCCUUACAGAACGGUCUUCAGUCGAUAUUGAUGGAAGGUGCUGAAUCUUCGCUGAAGGGCUGCAUGAAGAGCAUUAAAGUGAACAACAAUCUGAUGGGUUUCCGUGAGGCGGAAGUGACCCAUGGCAUACAGCCAGACUGCCUAUGGGAUUAUAUGUGCUUACAAGAUCCUUGCGUGCCUGAAGCUGAAUGUUACCAAGAUGGAGUCGAUAGCUUCCGAUGUAUCUGCGAGCUUGACAAUUGUGUUAGGUCGAAUUUUUCGUCGAGUUAUAAACUGUACACCAAGUCUUCCAAGCCAAUCGAUUUGGAGGUGCUCAACCUCCAGCCUUUAGUGAUAUCCGAAGGAGGUAGUGAUAUUAUAACGUCGAAUCACAUUCAUGUUAUUUUAGAUUACCAGAAAUAUGGUAUCAGAGAGUCCGGGGUGCUUUUUCACAUAAUUCAAGCACCAAAGCAUGGAUCUUUGGAAAUCGAAAUUUUGCGUCGAAGUGCGGAUAACAUUUUCACACUUCUAGACCUUAAUAUGGACAAAGUCCGAUAUUCACACGAUGGGUCAGAAACAAAAAUGGAUUCUGUCAGUUUUGAUCUUGAAUUUCGAGCUAGAAACUUCAGGCUUCCACCAUUUCUUGAAGAAAGGCACCGUUUUGUUUUCCAUAUUCAGGUGCUACCAGUGAAUGAUCCUCCUAAACUGAAACUACCGUCUGGUAAAAUUUUUCGCCUGGCAAAGAAUACUAAGAAAACCAUUACUUCAGAUCUUCUUAAAGCAGAAGAUCCUGAUAACAAUGCAAAUGAUUUAGUAUAUACUGUCUUAAAUUUAGGUUCCCCAGAAAGCGAAGGUUUCAUGGAAAAUGCAAAAAAUCCAGGUAAAAGUAUUGACACAUUCACACAGGCUGAUAUAGAUGAUGGUAUAAUAAGUUAUAACAAUAAAGGAGCAGGGAAUGUUCGAGUCACAAUCCGUGUUUCGGACGGUAUUCAGUCUGAUCCAGUUACCUCCACGUUUCGCAUAGCACCCUUUGAUUUGGAAGUAACAUUAAUUAAUUCAACUGGAAUUGUACUCCCAUAUGAUUCCUACGCUUUAAUAUCUUCAGAUAAUUUAACCUUUGUCGAUAAUGCAGCAGAUCAGAACCUUGAAAUACGUUAUGAUAUUACUAAACUUCCACAAUAUGGCAGCAUUCAACGUUUGCGAAACAAUAAUCGCUGGUACACUGUGAAUCAUUUCACUCAAAGACAAUUACGAAAAGAAAAACUAAGAUACACUCAUACCAGCGGUCGUCCAACAUAUGACGAAUUCAAAUUUUCGGUUUCAUGUGCAGAUAUUAAAUUUCCGACAAUUUAUGAUUUUCGAAUAACUUUCAUUGCCGUUAAUCUUAAACUGGUACAUAACUCGGAGCUGUUCUUAAACAGAAAAUUAGAUAGUCAUAUCAGUGAAACGGAGUUGAAAUUUGAAACAUAUCCCAUUGCAACUACAGACGAACACAUAACAUACACACUUCAAACUUUACCAACAUACGGAUAUCUCAUUUUAUUUCAUAGCAGUGAUGCCGAACCGCGACACAAAAAACUUGAUGUUGGUUCCGUGUUCACUCAAAGUGACGUUUCUUUGAGGCGGAUCAAGUACAAAUUGCAUAGAAAAAGUGUAUCAGCCAUAGAAGAUCACUUUGUUUUCAAAGUGACGUGUCCAGGAGGUGGACAGUCAGAAGAUAUGCAAUUCAAGAUCAAACACUUACCUAGCGAAAGUGAAGCAGUAAUCAUCAAUGAAAAAAUUAGUGUUCUUGAAGGUGGAACGUCAACAAUUGGUCCAAGUGAACUCCAUAUUGAGCUUCCAACAGCAUCAGACAUCAUGUACAACAUCACAACUAGACCUAAGCAUGGUGUCUUAAAGAAAUUAAGCGAGGAUCACAGUGAAAUAGAAGAGGAACCAGUUGAUAUGAUUACUGGCAGUGAAAUAUCACAAAAUAGACUCGUUUACGUACACGAUGACUCAGAAAACGAAAGAGAUAUGUUCCAUUUCAUGGCGGCUGUCGCAAAUGGGAAAACCGAUGACAGUUUUGCGUAUUAUGGAACAGUUCAUAUCAAAGUUCUGAUGAAAAAUGAUAACCCACCGAGCCGAGCAGUUGACAAAGUUUUUAACGUCGUCCUUGAUGGUGAGCGCAAACUGACUGGUCAGGACUUAAAGUAUACUGAUCCAGAUAUCGAUUCGACUUCGGAAAACAUACAAUACACUCGCAGAGGUAUUCCAAAUGGUGCUUUAUUCCAUAUCGAUGACAUGUCCACCCAAGUGCACCAGUUUACUCAGGUAGAUUUGGACACAGGGAAGAUUAUCUUUCGUCACAAUGGAGCGCCGUACGGUAAAGCAGUUUUGAGAAUUACUGAUGGUAAAUUUUACGCCACAGGCAUCCUAGAAAUACAAGCCUCCAAAGCAUACCUCAAGAUCACCCAAAAUACUGGCCUUGUUGUGAAACGAGGCGAAAACGGACUUCUUACUGCCUCAAAUUUAACUGUAGAGACGAAUUUAAACGCUAAUUCAGAUGAUAUAACUUACAAAAUAACUUCACUGCCCAAACACGGGGAAAUACUUGUAAAUGGUAAACUUGCGCAUGAAUUCACUCAAAGAGAUUUGCUACUAGAAAAUGUGGAAUAUGAAAACGACAACAGUGUGAGCUUCCAGGAUGCAUUUCGUUUUUCAGCUUUCCUUGGAGACAUCACUGUUGAAGGAAAGUUUGAGUUUCGGAUCUACCCAGAUGUCUAUUGGGAACCUUUAAAAGUCGUGAAAAAUAGAUCACUUCAUGUCGACGAAGGGAAAAUUGUGACCAUUGAUGCAUCGGCCCUUAAUGUCUCACAACCUAAUAUCAACACCAACAACAUUACAUUUAUAGUAACAACACCGCCGAAAUUUGGUUUUCUCGUAUUUGGCGAUAUUCACGAUUUCGACGACUGGAAAUCUGUCUCUAAGACGACACCAGCCAAAAUAUUUUCUCAGUCUGCCAUCAACGAACAUCAUUUACACUACUUUCACACAGAGCAGAACGCGUCUGAGGAUUUUUUCGUCUUCGAUGUCACUAAUGGCAUCACAGCUCUCAGAGAUCUAACAUUCCACAUCAAAAUAAUCUCCAAAAUAAUAUUUCUCCGCACAAGCAAUAUUACUGUCGUAGAAGGAAGUGAAGUGCCCCUCAAAGACAACGAAAUCGCCGUUUCCAAUCCCUACUACGAGAACUGGAUAACGGAGUACCUUGUCAUCGAAAAGCCACAGCAUGGACACAUUGCCUAUGUCAAGAACACACGGUCAAGGAUCUCCCGCUUCAGUGUGGCACAUUUGAAAGGUGGAUUCAUACACUAUGUCCAUGAUGGAUCGGAAACAACUCGCGACUGGUUCACCCUAGUCGCAAAUGCAACUGCCUUGAACAAAGAGAGUGCACCAAGUACCAUUCAUGUCACUGUUGAACCGGUCAACGAUGAAGCACCUCAUAUUGUCAACAACACGGGUCUCGACGUGUGGGAAGGGGAUGUGACAGUCAUCACAAGCAAACAUCUGGCUGCAAAGGAUGAUGACUCUGACACUUCGGAAAUCACAUUCGUCAUUUCGUCACCAAGCAAUGGUUAUGUUUCUUUGAAGAAUGAUACCAAAACUCCAAUCCUGAGUUUUACUCAAGAACAAAUUGAUCGUGGUAUGAUCACGUUUGUUCACACCGGAGAAAAAGCUGGCGGAUUUAAGUUGCAAGUGAAUGACGGAGUCAACUUUGAUUCACCCCACGUAUUCACAAUUACCGCUCGUGUGCUUCAAAUAUUAGUUGCAACCAAUGAGAAAUUAAGUAUCCUCCCCAGAAUGCAACAAUCCAUCACCAAAGACCAUCUCUUUGUGACGACAAAUGACCACGACUUAACCAGAGUCAUUGAUUUCAAAGUCACCCGAAGUCCAGAAUUGGGAAGACUGUUGGUAGAAAACCCAGAUGGAUCAUUGUCCCCAGUUUCGAGCUUUACUCAAGAGCAAAUCAACAAGAACUUGGUUCUUUAUGAGCACAACAAACCAAUGAUUGGAAUGACAUCUCUUGACAUGAUUAGGUUUAAUAUAGAGACACAAAACGCUCAAACGAUGCGAGACAUAGAAUUUCAUAUAGAGGUUUCUGUUGGAAAUUUCGGUGCUGGAAAUCUUGACCAGCUUGUUGUGUUACAUACCUUAGAAGUUAAGGAGGGUGGAGUAGCUACAAUAAGUCAAGAGCAUAUUGACAUGUCGCGGUUGUUCAGUUUGUGGCAAGGGAAAGGUAAAAGCGAAUUUGCUAAGAAAUUAAAAAUAAUUCUGCACAGCCCACCAGUAAAUGGAUGGUUGGAAACAGAGGAAGGUAAUUCGACGUUCAUUAAAAACUUAACUUUCAACAGAGAAGACAUACGUAAAAAGCGAGUCCGAUACCAUCACGAUGAUUCUAACACUUUUAGUGAUAUUUUUUCCGUUGGAUUUUAUUUGUUGGACGAGAAAGCAUACCCGGAUAUACUCUUGUUCAAUGGUUCUAUAAAUGUUACGGUGUACCCCAUUAACGAUCACCCUUUCACUUUGCUUACGAAGACAGCAGUUAUAGAGGUCGUUCAAGGACAAUCACUAAUCCUAGGCCCACAUGUUCUUAAUGUAUCUGAUGAAGAUGGUGUUCCCCGUGACAUUGUUUACGAAAUUAUAAAAUCACCUUCGAGUGGUAAGUUACUGAUUGGCAAUGCUUCAGUCCAUAAUUUUACUCAGGAGGACAUCGAUAAUUAUAUGAUUCGAUAUGCACACGACGGGACCAAAGAAAACAGAAGUGCAUUUUCGUUUAAAGUAAGUGAUGGCAAGCACAAAACAGACUACGCUGCACUGGAUAUAAUUAUAGUUCCUAUAAAAAUGUAUUUGGUCAACUUAAGUGCCAUUGAAGUUCAACAAGGUUCUACUGCGGUCUUCCUCAGCAGCAACAAUUUAUGUGCCGAAACAAAUGCAUACAACGAAGAUAUCUGGUACAACAUAACUGUGCUACCACUGCAUGGACAUAUAUUUGUAAAUGAUGACGUCAUGCGCACGUUUCGACAAGCCGAUGUCAGUUCCAGAGCUGUGUUUUAUAUGCAAUCAGAUUUGACGGCGUCGGAGGAUCAUUUUGUGGUGUCUAUACAUAGUGGCAGUAACGUUAUUAAAGAUGUGAUUGUGAACAUAACCGUCAUUCCACUCAUAUUGCAGAAACCUUUGUCAGCCAGUGCCUCAGGCACUACUUGGAUUACUUUGGAUGUAUUAAAUGUUUCCAAACUUGCUCAAAAGACAAAGAGUAACCCUAAUUUUUUAGUGUUCAAGUUUCCGAGGUACGGAGUCUUGCGAAAGAGUUUCUCGAAAGGUCUUUCAAAGCGCAGCACUUAUAAGAGUUUUGAGUUCACCCAUGAAGAUGUUGUGAAGGAAAAGAUUUUCUUCGUAGGAAAAGACAUGGAGCUUAAAGGAAAUGUGGUUGAUAGCUUUGAGUACAUUUUAACUGCUCCUAGUGUGCAACCGGCUAAGGGAAAAUUUAUUCUGAACAUUCAGCCAUCAUUAACUCCCACUUCUACAUCGAUCCCUCAUUACGAAUAUGUGACUCCAUCAAUAAAGCCUCAACCACCUCCCCUUGUACCAGACAUCGGCAGAACAGUAACUACUCCUUCAGACAGUACUGGAGGAGUUUACCAGCCGAGUAUCAGCAACGACCACCUCCUGAUUGCAGGCGUUAUCCUAGGAGUGAUCAUCGUGAGCCUUGUGAUUGUGAUUGUGAUCAAGUGCCGAUCAAUAAGGAAUGAAAGAGACAAAAAACGGUCAGGCCAGCCCUGCUUUGGCAGACAUCAUAAUCACGGCAAAGCAGUGGCAGGUUCCCACACGGCUCAAUCUGACCUGGACGUGUCAGAUCCCGAGCCAUCCAACGGGAGCUUUUCAGAUGAGAUACCACCCCCGCCUCCCCCACCGACAUCCCCGACGGGGAGCAGCAGCCCCCUAGGUUGCAUCGGAGGUGGCAGUGUGCCCAAAAACAGAACUCUUAAAAAGAAAAACAAGUGCAUGGACUCUGAGGAACCUGCCCUGCCUCCCCCUCCCUAUAUCCUCGAUAAUGGCGAGUGGGCAGAGAUUAACGUGCCUCUGCCCACUUGCAAGGUCACCCCAAUUUCUCAUGGUGACCAGGACGUAAUUAACGAAACCACGUUGAAAGGUCCUUAUUUGUUGGCAGAUCCAAGUGACUGUGAGGACUGGAGCAAUUACGAAGGAUCGGAACUGAGAUUCGGGCCUCCUUGUAACCCAGUACUGAGGAAGAAUCAGUAUUGGGUAUGA